AUGGGUGUCGGCCGUGUUAUCUGCGUGGCUCUGCCAUUCAUCCUCAGCGUCGGUUCCAUGAUCUUCUUGUUGGUCGCUGCCCUCGGCGGUGUUUCCAACAAGGAUCUUUACAUGUUCCGCGUCAACCUCACCGAUCUCGAGAUCAACCCUGCUUCCGUAUCAAGUAUAGUCUCAAGGGACGUCAAGGCAGUCAACUUUGGAAAGUACCACGACCGCGCUCUUCUCACCGGCGAUGGUGACAAUGCCAUCACCAAGGCUGCCACCGACUCCACCACUCAGACCAGCAACAUCACCGCUGCCGACCUUGGUCUCGACAACCUUUACGACAUCGCUCUCUGGGGUUACUGCACCACUGACACCAACGGCGACAAGACCUGCACCAAGGCCAAGUUUGACUGGGCUUCAUCUUACCUGAACACCUCCACCCUCGAGACCAUUGGCACCGCUGCCGGCCGCAAGAUCGAGCUUCCUGAUGAGGUCACCACCGCUCUCUCCGCCUUCAAGACCGCCACCAAGUGGACUCAGGUUGCCUACAUCAUCGCCUUCAUCGCCCUGGGUCUCGAGAUCGUCUUCGGCAUCUUCGCCAACUGCACUCGCGUCAUGUCCUGCAUCACCUUCCUCGUCGCCUCUCUCGCUUCCGUCGCCGUCUGCGCUUCCGCCGCUCUCUCCACUGCCAUGUCUGUCAUCGUCGUUGGCGCCGUUGAGGGUACUGCCAAGUACUAUGGUGUCUCUGCCGGCUUCAACAACAGCUUCCUUGCUCUCAUCUGGAUCUCUGCCGCUCUCGCUCUUGGUGCCGGCUUCUUCUGGAUGUUCACCAUCUGCUGCUGCGCUCCUAGCCACACCCGCAAGGACCGCAAGCGCAACAGCGACGGCGAGAAGCUUCUUCCCCAGUCCAGCAGCUACCAGCCCAUCCACGAGGAGAACGGCUACUACAAGCAGCAGCAGGCUACCCAGUACGGUGCUCCCCGCUAUGCCAGCGGUGCCCGUGGUGACACCGCUUACGAGCCUUACUCCCACCGCUCUUAA